AUGUCACACGGGUGGCGGAGUAUUCUUCGAGGCCGGGAUUUGCUUGCUAACAACCUAGGCUGGGUGGUGGGAAAUGGUCAGUCAAUACAUGUAUGGCAGGACCCUUGGCUGAGUGUCAACAAACAAGAGAGACCGAUAGGCCCACCGUGUGAACAUUACGUGGAGCUGAAGGUUUCAGACCUAAUGCUGCCUGAAACUUGCGAAUGGGACUUACACAAACUACAGCUCUGUCUCCCAGAUUAUAAAGACUCGAUCCAAUGCAUCAAACCAAGUCAAACCGGGGCUCCGGAUAAAAUUGUAUGGUUAGGAACAAAAACAGGGGAGUAUACCACCAAGUCGGGUUACUACAAUGCAGUGAACGGGGAAGACAACGGGCAUGCUGGGCCAGUGGGAGAUGAUUUUAACUGGAAGAAAAAUGUGUGGAACCUAGAGUGUGCUCCAAAAAUCAAGAUGUUCUCCUGGAAGUUGUUAAAGGGAGCUUUACCGGUGGGCGCACGGCUUCAUGAACGGCACGUACCUGUAGAUCCAGCAUGCAAAAGAUGCGGAGAGGUUGAAUCUAUUACUCAUCUGUUUUUCCACUGUCGGUUUGCUCGAAAAGUUUGGCAGCUUGCCCCUUUCGCAACUGAAGUGGACUGCAGCGGAAUGAUAGAUUUAGCAGAGGAAUGGCUCCCCAUUUGCGUGAAGAAAUGUUUACCUCCGUCAGGGAUUUCAUCUGGAUCGCUGGCCCCCUGGAUCUUGUGGAGUCUCUGGAAGGAGAGGAAUAAAUUUGUGUUUGAAGGGCACUCAGCUUCACCCGAAGAUACGCUGUCGAAGGCUUUAGUAAUCGCAAGAGAAUGGUGCACAACAAAAGAGCGAAACACCCUCUCAAAAUCGAUCAGAAUCACUAUUCCAGUGCAGCUCCCACCUCUUACAGUGACAAUAAGAUCUGAUGCAGCGUGGGCUCCUGGGGGAACAACGGCGGGACUCGGGUGUUUUGUCAUCUCUCCAUCGGAAUCCCACUCUUUUAGUAAAGGUGUGUCUCAUGUAACAUCAGCCUUAAUGGCAGAAGGACUUGCAAUGCUUGAAGCGGUCAAAUUAGGCGCAAAGGAGGAACUCAGGAAGAUAUGCUUUGAAUCUGACUCUUCUCAACUAAUUAGCGCGAUUAACUCCGGGACUUGCUGUCCAGAACUGUAUGGAGUGGUAGCUGAUAUAUUAGCUUUCUCAACCAUAUUCGAAUUUGUAACUUUUGCUUGGAUUGCUCGAGAGAGAAACAUACAAGCUGAUAGGUUAGCCAAGGCUGCCUUGAAUGUAUCUGUACCUCAGGUGGUUGAUGGAGUAGUUAUUGCUCCCAACUAA